AAUAUGCUUAAAGUACACGAAUUCUUUUCAGUCGCAACCCAAUUAGCUUACAACGCAGCCAUAAUUAUUAAUCAAAUUAGAUUAUCUGCUGAUAUUGGUUAGAAAUGGAAAGGCAUCGAUGAUCCUGUCACCAUCGCUGAUGUUAAAGCCUAAACCUACAUAGUCUAGUAACUCCGUAAGCAUUGGUAAUUCUAAUCAAAUAAUAUGCAAGGCCAUAACUAAGAAUUGUUGGCGAAGAGUCUACUGUAUAUGAUGACCCAAUAGAUUUGCCUGAUACUCAUUCCAAUCUAUAUACAGAAGAUAUCUUCAACAAAACACCCAACAAUGCCAAGGUGAGAACUGAAUAUGAAAUAGAAGAUCUUUGUGUUUGGGUUGACCCUCUAGAUGGAACUCUUGAUUUUGUUACAGGUGAUUUUGAUUGUGUCACCACUUUGAUUGGUGUCUCUUACAAGAAGUAAGCUCUAAUUGGAAUCAUCUCCCAACCAUUUGUUAAAAUUGCUGACAAACAAUACGAGUUUAAACCUAAGAUAUACUUUGGUCAUCAUCCACAAAAGAGAGUGUUUUAUACAUAUGAUACUACAUCAUUGAUUCCUUUUGAACUCUUAAAGCCAAAUUAUGAUCCUUCCAAUAUUGUGUUGUGCACACAGAAUAAAAGAAUAGACGAACAAAAAUUGCAAAAAAUAAAAUCUCUUGGUUGUUCUCUCCUCUAAAUGGGAGGAUCAGGAAAAAAGAGUCUCACACUCUUGGAAGGCAAGGCAAGCCUAUUCAUCUAUCUUGGAGUCAGGAUGAGCAAAUGGGAUAUAUGUGCCCCUGAUGCCUUAUUUAAAGCCUUUGGAGUAUGAAAAUAUUAUGAUCUAGGGUCGUUUCUUAGGAUUGGAAGGAUAAAUCUAUGAUUACAAUUUCGAAGACAAAAGUUACGAUAAUCCGUAUGGCCAUUUAGCAAGCAUUUAUAAUGAAUUAGUGGACAAAUUCCUACCAAAAACAACUGGAAUGUUAUGAGGGUAU